AUGGCUCAACUCAAUCUCAGAAAGGUACUACUGUUCUCUGCUCUGUCAUUCCUUUCUUUCUCCAUUUGCAUCACUUCUUCUUUCGGUGCAGAAAAGGAAGUGCUAGAGAAGCCUUUCAAAAAGAAAACCACCACUCAAUCCAUCAAAAAUCAGACCAAACUCAUCAAACCCACUGCCCUAUCAUCAAAAAAUCAAAACAAGACCAUCAAAUCCGACAACAUUUCCUCAAAAAAUCAAACCAAAACCCUCAAAUCCAACAUCCUUUCCUCCAAAAACCAAACCAAAACAACAAAAUUACCCAUCAACACCUCCACCAAAAACCAAACCAAGCCACUCAAGCUUAAUUCCACUUCCAAAACCAAACCUACCACCGAUACUGCACUCAAGAAACUCAACAACUCCACCGCCGCCACAAAGAUCAAGAAGCUCAACGUCACCUCAAAAUCCCCUACAUCAAAACCCAACACAGUUUCUUCCACUUCAAAAUCAUUGGAUCUCGCCAAAGCAAGUAACAAAACAGCAAAAGCCACCGCCACUAAAGACGAAGCAAACAAGAACAACAAGCAAGCUAAAACAACAAAAGCAGAUCAAAGUCACGAGGCAACAGACAAGAAACAAAACACUCCACAGCAACAAACCAAGAAGAAACCUACGAAACAGACACCGCCGAGUUGGAUUCUGGACGAGGAAGAUGAUUUGGUUUCAGAGUUCACAGAUCUACCGAAUAGAUUCCACCAAACACUCCUCCCCGACCUCGAACGAAUCUCAACCACUUCCAAAGCCUACAUCACCAAAGCCAAUAACGAAAUGACAAAAGGUUUCAAACCCUACGUCGGAAAAAAAUACGCACCCACCGUCGCCGCCGUCAUCUCAUGCUUCUUCGUAUUGAUACCUUUGCUCUUAGUUUCUCUCCUCUGUUCAAGAAUCAAAGCCUAUUUCUCCCUCCAGAAAAUCCUGAUCUUCAUCCAAGUCUACCUCUCAAUAUACUUCACCGUUCUCUGCGUCACAUCGUUGUUCACGGGUCUCGAACCACUCAAGUUUCUAUACUCUACUUCGCAGUCUACGUAUCUGUGCCUGCAGGUGCUGCAGACUCUCGCUUACGUGCUCUAUUUGCUGCUCCUCCUCAUGUAUCUCGUCCUCGUCUUCUCCACCGACUGUGGGCUGGGCUCUAAGUUCUUGGGCCUGGCCCAGGUCUUGGUGGGCUUCGCUGUUGGGCUGCAUUACUACGUGACGGUGUUUCACAGGGUGGUCUUGCAGCAACCGCCAAAAACGAAUUGGAAGAUACACGGGAUUUAUGCUACGUGUUUUCUCCUAAUUUGCGUUCUUGCCAGAGCUGAUAGGAGGAAAAAGAUUUACGUGGAAGACGGUGGAGGAGAAGGCAAGAAAAAUUAAUGUAUUUUCUUUACUGUUGUUUAUUUUUUUUUUUUCAUUUCAAUUCGAUUCAAUUUAAUAAUUAAAACAAUAUCCAAAAGCAACGAAACAAGCUUAUUCUAUAAAUAAGACGACAACAAAACUUUAAUGUUU